UGAAGGCUUUAGGAAAGCCCUGACCGAAUUACUGUCACACAAUGCAGACAGCAUUAGCGCUGCCCUUGCCCCAACUCAGGGGAGUAAUUCGAGCUUUGUCUAGCGCUUCACAUGUUACACAGAUACUGACGAGCUCUGCGACGGAGCGACAGCUAUCCUCGCGAGCAGCCUCGACUUCAGGUUAUAGCUCUGCAAGGAAUUGGGGUUUACUUGCUGUCCCGCUGCUGGGUGUCCUGGCGGCUGGCAGUGCGUGGACUUUAUCAAAAGACAAUUUCAGGAAAGAUGAGUUCUACUUGCUACCUUUGGAUGUGCGCCAGCGGAUUUUUUUCAAGUAUGAAAAGCGUAUACGAGACCAAAGUUCUUUAGGAAAAAUUUUCGAAUACUUCAGCUCUCAGGAGAAAGACGGGCAGGAGUUCCUGACGCCCGUUGACAUGCUGUGCGCUGUGGUGCCCACGUAUCCCCCCAGCGCGUCGACUCUGGAUCGUUUGGGAAAUCUAGAUGGGGAGCGGCGAAAUGGGACAGCCCGUUCCAGUUGGAGCAAAAGUCAAGCGAGCUUUCUGCAGGAGUUCGAUGUCGAUGGCGAUGGCCUCAUCUCCUAUCCGGAGUUCCUGCUGCUGCUAAUCCUGCUCUCGAUACCCGGAAAGGACGUCAAAACCAUUUUCGACGUGGUUGACUUGGACGGCAACGGGCAAAUUGACCGGGACGAGUUCAAGUCGGUAAUGGAGCUGCUGGGAAGCAUGGCCAAUGUGCAUACAUCCCCGGUGGGCCGCUCCAAGAAGCUAUCGCUUAGUGACAGUGCGAACUCGGGCCUCUUCAUGAAGUUCUUCGGCAAGGACGGCGGCAAGAAGCUCCUGCUGCCGGAGUUUCGUGACUUCCUGGACAAGCUGCACGCAGAGUUAGUCACCCUGGAGUUCAAGCACUACGACUACAGCGGCAGUGGGUCCAUUCCGGCAGUGGAUUUUGGGCGGAGCCUCGUCGCAACGGCCGACAUCCGUCGCGUCGACCAGCUGCUUGAUAAGGUUGACGCUAUGGGCCCCGAGCUGACCCGGCAGCGCAUCAGUCUGGAGGAGUUCCAGACCGUGCACUUCGACAUGCGGCGCAAUUUACACACUCUGGUGGUGGCGCUGGACUUCUAUCGGCAGUUGGGGCGGCCUCUCCUCAAGGACGAUUUUACGAAGCUGCUGACCAAGCUGAUGGGCGUGUCGUUGAGCAGCCGCGUCAUGGAAAUCAUCUUUGCCGUGUUCGAUGAUGGGCAAGGCGGGCUGGAUGUGCAGGCAUUUCUGGAGACCAUGCAGCGCCGGGAGGUCAUGUAUGCACGGCGAAGAAAUAUUGAGCCUGACGGACCAACCCCCGCUGGGUUUCGCAGGGAGCCCGCUUCGUCGUAA